AUGACCAGACAGGAAAGUGAUAGUGAAGAAGAAAAUGUUAUUCAAGAACCAGAAGUGUUGAUGGUUCCUAAUUUUGUGGUAUCCGAUAAAACAUUUCUUUUAUCCCUCUAUCAGAAUGACAAAAAUGAUAAUGUGGACAAUACUAAGAAGUUGGCUUUGAUUCAAGAGAUUAUUGAUUUAAUUGAUAAAGAUGAAAUGGGUCCAUUCUAUAAAUAUAUCACGACUGAAUUGGGGUUAUUUCCGUUUGAUCAAAAUAAAUAUGAGGAUUUAAUAAAAUUAAAUGAAAAGAAACUAAAAGAGUUGAAUGAGAAUAUUCAAACUUUGGAGAAAAAUGACGAAGGUGCAUUGGAAUUGUCCAUCAGUUGGAACAAAUUAGGUGCAUACUAUACGCAGAUUGGUGAUUUCGAAAACGCAAAGCAUAUCCUAUUAGGUAAGGCAUUCGAGACCGCAAUAUCUAUCGGUGCAAAGAUUGAUAUUUUGCUUAUGAUCGUUAGACUUGGUUUCUUCUAUGAUGAUAAAAACUUCAUUAAAGAAAAAUUACAAGAAAUCGAAUCUCUAAUUGAAAAAGGUGGUGACUGGGAAAGAAGGAAUAGAUAUAAAACUUAUAUGGGUAUUUAUUCGUUAUCAGUCAGAGAAUUUAAUAAAGCUGCAGAGUUAUUAGUCGAUUCUUUAGCUACGUUCACUUCAGUUGAAUUAACAUCAUAUGAAAACAUUGCUAUGUAUGCUUCUGUAGCUGGUCUUUUCGCUUUAGAAAGAACGGAUUUAAAGACUAAGAUUAUUGAUUCACCAGAACUUCUAUCCAUUAUGACUUCUACCCCUGCAUUACAAUCAAUCACAUCAUUGACUAUAUCUCUUUACACUUCAGAAUAUUCAAGUUUCUUUCCUUACUUAUUGGAAACCUAUGAAAAUGUUUUAAUUCCUUCCAAAUAUUUGAACAAGCAUGCAAAUUAUUUCAUCAGGGAAAUGAGAAGAAAAUGUUAUGCACAGCUGUUAGAUUCAUAUAAAACUUUAUCUUUGCAAUCAAUGGCUAAUUCAUUUGGGGUCUCAGUGGAUUUUUUAGAUGAUGAUCUAUCUAAAUUUAUUCCGAACAAAAAAUUAAAUUGUAUCAUCGAUAGAGUUAAUGGUAUAGUAGAAACAAAUAGACCAGAUAAUAAGAAUUCUCAAUACCAAUUGCUUAUUAAGAAUGGUGAUUCAUUAUUAACCAAAUUACAGAAGUAUUCGGCUGCAGUAAAAUUAACUGGUGAAGAUCGUGUAGUAUAA